AUGCCGGCAGCGCAUGUCCCUUCAUCAUCGGAUAGCGAUCCUCUCGUGCCCGUAAAUAACUCCAAAGCUACCGUACCUAACGGCGACACACAAGACGAGAACGGCCAAUCCACCGCCAUGGAUCCGACAAUUACUGAGACCACUUUACGACGAAAAGAGACUGUGCUUGCUGAUGAUGAACGCGAGGAAAUGGAGCUUGACACUCUUGGCAACAAGGAUAAUGUCCAGGCACCUGAGGAUAUCAAACCAGAGAGCUUAAGACGUGAGGAUCUUGGUAACUUUAUCCUAUUAGUGGUCCUUUAUAUGCUUCAAGGUGUUCCUGUGGGUCUAUCAUUCGGAUCCAUUCCAUUCUUGCUCAAAUCUCAGCUGUCGUAUUCACAAAUUGCCGUGUUUUCCCUGUCAUCAUGGCCUUAUUCGCUAAAGUUCCUUUGGUCACCUAUCGUGGAUGCUAUUUAUUCGCCUCAACUUGGACGAAGAAAGUCAUGGAUCAUUCCUAUUCAGAUCUUGAUUGGCAUCUUGUUCUUGAUGCUAGGUCAACACAUUGAUGGUAUCAUGGCAUCAGAGCAUAUCCCUAUCUACUACUUGACAGGCGCGUUCUUGGGUACGAUCUUCUUCUGCGCCACUCAAGAUAUCGCCGUCGAUGGUUGGGCCUUGACAUUGUUAUCCAAGGAUAGUCUUUCGUAUGCCUCCACAGCACAAACCAUCGGUCUCAACAUUGGCUACUUUUUAUCCUUCACCGUAUUCCUUGCAUUGAGCUCUCCCGAAUUCAGCAACAAGUAUAUUUGGGCAGAACCCAAAGAGGUCGGCAUUGUGCAACUUGGCGCCUACAUGCAGUUUUGGGCUUUCAUGUACUUUGCGGUCACAGCAUGGCUCAUCUUUAUGAAAAAGGAGACAGCAUCCCAUACCGAUGAAGAUCAACUUGGCAUUCGAGGCGUCUAUGAUACGAUUUGGAAAAUCUGCAAAUUACCUCAUAUGCGUUCCUUUAUUAUCGUUCUCCUCACUGCCAAGAUUGGAUUCAUUUGCAACGACGCUGUUACAUCAUUGAAGCUUUUGGAAAAGGGUUUCUCCAAAGAGGACUUGGCGCUUACCGUGUUAUUGGACUUCCCAUUGCAGAUCUUUUUGGGCUACUAUGCAGCCAAGUGGUCCAAUGGCCCACAGCCUUUGAAACCGUGGUUGUAUGCAUCCUAUGGACGAUUGGCAUCGGCUGCUUUGUGCAUGUUGAUUGUGGCAUGGUAUCCUCAAGGUCAAGAAAUUGGCUUAUUCUAUUUCUCCGUUAUCAUGGCAGCUACUGUAUUGAGUUCCUUCAUGGCGACUGUUCAAUUUGUCAGUAUUUCAGCCUUCAUGACAAGCAUUGCUGAUCCACUCAUUGGUGGCACCUACAUGACUCUGCUCAACACAUUUAGCAAUUUCGGUGGUACAUGGCCAAAGUUUUUUGUUUUGGAAGCUGUGGAUUCAUUUACUAUUGCUUCUUGCUCGGUCCCUGAUGCCAAUGGUCAAGAAUUUUCGUGUGUGGAAGAGAGCGGCUUGACACAAUGCAAGGAACUAGGUGGCUCGUGCGACAUUUCUCGAGAUGGAUAUUACAUUGUUGGCACAGCCUGCGUGUUGUUGGGUUUGGCAUUAUUGCAAGCGUACAUUCGGCCGGUGGUACGACAUCUUGAAUCAUUAUCCAAGCGUUCCUGGCGUAUCAGUCGGUGA